CUCCAAAAUUCGCUGCGAAGAUCGAGUUAUUAGGACCCCUGCAUUGCAGCGGCCCGACAGAUAUAUACUCAGACGACAGCCUAGCCAGCAUGUCUGCUCUUGACGCCGCCGUCUCCAGCGAAGCGCCCAGCGAGCGCCCUCGGCUGAAGCUGGCGCCCAGAUCUGCCGCCGCGGCCUCGUCCGGCCCCGCCAAGUCCUCGAUCUUCGGCGGUGCGCGCACCCGAGAAGAGAUCCUCGCGGCCAAGGGCGUCGACGUCAAGAAGAAGGAGGCCGAGCUCGACGCGAAGGCGCGCCCGAAGCGCCUCACGAAGCAGCAGGCCGAGGAGCUCGCCGCCGCCGAGGCCGAGAUCAAGUUCGAACAGGACAAGCUCGCGAACGCGACGACGCCCGGCGAGAAGGCUGUGGCGCAGUCGAAAGUUAAGGAGAAGACGAAGGAGGUCGAGGCCUUGGCCGAGAAGUUCAAGGCCCAAAACUUAGCGUACGAGCGCAAGAAGAACGCGGAACGCGCCGCCGAAAAGGAGGGCGGCACGGAACCCAAGGCGCGGCCCCAGUUCAUCCGGCCUAGCGAGAGGAGGCGCAUGCGCGAGGAGGCCGCGGCCAAUGGACAACCUAUGGACAACGACCGCGACGCGGCCUUCUCCUCGUUCAACCAGCGCGGUUCUGGCGGGUCGCGGGGCGGCUACCGCCAGGACGACGCGGCCUACGGGUCCUUCACCAACAAUUCUGGGGGCCGCCGCCGCCAGGGAUCACGCGACGGCGGCUACGACCAGUCGGGCGUCGACUUCUCGGCCUUCGGGGGCGGGCGGUCGCGGCGCCAGGCCGGCGCGGGCUGCAAGCUUUAUGUGGGCAACAUCUCCUUCCAGAUGACGCAGGCGGACCUCCAGUCUUUAUUUGCACCCUUCGGCCGCGUCCAGGACACGUACCUGCCCGUCGAGCGCGACUCGGGCCGCCCGCGCGGCUUCGGGUUCGUCACGUUCUCGUCGUCGAACGAGGCCCAGGCCGCGAUCCAGGCCUUGGACGGCACGGACCAUGAUGGGAGGCAGCUGCGCGUGAACGUGAGCGAGCCGCGCCAGAACUGAGCGUUCUACUAGGGGAGAUAACUUCGUCCGAGAUAUCA